GGGAGAAGGAAGGGGAAAAGACCGGUCUCGGGGGGACUGCGGACAAAAUGGCGGCCGCGGAGCAGGAGGUGGAGGCAGAGGGGAGAGAAUGCCCGAAGCGGGAGGCGAGGCGCCGCCUGAGGGAGCUGGACGUGGCCGACAGGUUCUCCCGCUUGCCGCUGCCCAAAGCCUCGGUGCUGCUGCCGCUGGUGGUGCGGGCCGGGCGGCUGUGCUUGCUGCUCACCCUGCGGGCCCCGCAGCUGAGAAGAUCACCAGGGGAAGUGUGUUUUCCAGGAGGUAAAAGUGAAGCAAACGAUAAAGAUGAAAUUGAUACUGCUCUCCGAGAAGCCAAGGAGGAAGUGGGACUCCCGCCAGAGAAGGUGGAAGUCAUCUGUAGGCUUGUGCCUGGAAUCGAUAAAAUGAAUUACUUGGUAACGCCAGUUGUAGGAUUUGUAGAGGAUACAUUCCAGGCCACUCCUAAUCCAGAUGAAGUGAGUGAUGUUUUUGUGAUGCCAUUGGAGUAUUUCAUCAAGCCCUUAAAUUACAUGACAUUGCCUUAUAAAACCUCAUCUGGUUACUUAACCUGGAUGCACUGCUUUACAUAUCAUGACGAUGAACGAAAUAAGUCAUUCAAGAUAUGGGGACUUACUGCACAUUUUGCUGUAUUCCUUGCUCUUGUAGUUUUUAGAACAAAACCUACCUUUGAGGUUGAUUAUGAUCUUGACAACUUAAUUUCAUCUGCUGAGAGUAAUUUUAUGAAUUUAUAUGCAUCUUUAAAUGAAAAGAAGAAGAGUAAUCUAUAACAAACUGGGGUGACAAUCUGUACUGAAGAAGGAAAAGGGUUUUGGUUUAUUUUCUUUGUAUCUGUUAUAUGAUUGAAUUUCACAUUUGCACUUUAUUUUAAAUAGAAUUCUUAAGUUGUCAAACCCUAACGAGAUUCAUAUAAUUGUAUCUGUUUUAGAAUUGUCAAAUGCCCACAGUACUUUUAAUGGAUUUAGCAUACAAACUUGAAAGGUCUAGUUUAAUUACCGUCUUUGCCUGUGAUCCAAGACUGACUUUCUAUGUUUUGUUGUUUUUCUAUUUAAUGAGAUAACACUAUUUUUUCUAAUUUGUCUGUUUGAAUUAAAAAUAUACUCUGGUAUCUGCCUAUUACUGUGUGAAGUACUACUUAUGGGUAACAUAACUCAUACAGUCUUGGUUGGUAUUUUUACAAGUGAGUGAUACAAAAUCACACUUACAAAAUACAUAAUAACACUUUAAAAAGUGGCAGGUGCUUUCAUAAUUUGGUUUGGUUGGGGUUGUGGAGGUAAGGAGAAGAUUUAAUGAACUCAGUAUUUCUCAAGGAAGUUCUCUAGGCUAUGAAAAACUUAGUGUACAGACAACGGUACUGAACUUUCUUCCACAGCAUCCAGUUAGCAUCGUUCACUCAGCUACUAGAAGGAGUUGUCUUAAGGAGAAAAGAGUGACAUUCAGUACUCAAGAAAACUAAAAUGCUCAUCUGUAGUCGAAUCCUUACCAGUAACCCUGGCAGUUUCAGAUGGGUAGUGUUUUUUGCAUUGUGAAUCUUUGUUUCCUUGUUGCUAGUGAACUAGAGGCUUACUCGUGGUGGUCAUGGUACUGUUGACAAAGGGUUAAGUUUUUAAAAGCAGAAUUUAUUUUGGCUGGAUUUCAGAUGUAGUUUGGAAAUAAGCAGGCUACCAGUCUACUACAUGGUGAUCUUUGACUAAUGGGUGAAAUCCCUGGAGAAGUAGUAGCCACUCUCAGGAAUAACUUUUUAUUUAUUUCUCAAUAUAGUAAAUUUCACAUGUGAAAUUGUUUAAACAUUUUUUUAAAAAAAGUUCAUCAUUGUUUGUACCCUCAGUGGUUUCUCUCAUUGCUAGUAUAUGCAGGAAAAGUAACUAAUUAAAAUAAGAACAUUGUUAAUUAAAAUGGAGCAAGCUGAUUGGACCUUUAAUUAUUAAACAAAACAGGUACCAAGAGACAUAAUCACUAAAUUACCAUCCUCCUCUGUUCCCAGCAGACUUUUUAUUUCAUCUCCCAAUGAAACCUGGCACAGAAAUUGUACAAAGGGUACGAAUUCAGACCUCAUUUUUUUCUCUUUUCUGAAACAUUGCGUGGAACUAUAAGGGCAAGAAAACAGUUACAGCUGUUAGGACUUCCAGCAAAUGGAAGUCCUGUUGAUACUGGGUAUCAGAUCAACCAUUUGAGCUAAUUGAAAAAAUGAGCUUGUAGAGGUCCA